AUGACAGCCCAAGCCUCUGUGGGCCGGAUCGAUAAAGAAGCCUUCUUGGUCUCAACAGGCUUCUUCUUGGGGCUUACGAUCGUCGGGGUGAUUGGCCGUUUUGUGAUCCGAUUUGGUGUGCAAAGGCACCGUCUCCAGAUCGACGAUGGACUAAUUACACUGGCAUUUAUCUUUCUCCUCGCCAGUCAAAUUAUCAUAUACAACAGGGUGGUCAACCCGAUGUUCUUGAUGACAGCCGUCCAGAAUGGCGUUUCAGGUGUUCAGGCGCCUCUGGAUGCAGUGCAAAUUUCAGAAACCUACCACAGAUGGGCGGUGGCAUCCCUGAUGAUUAGCUGGUGCUCAAUCUCUGCAGUGAAGUUUUUCUUUCUUCUGUUUUUCAAGAGAUUGAUUGAUCGUUUGCGCCCUUGGCAAAUAUACUGGUGGGUUGUGUUUAUCAUCAAUGUGAUUCUCUUAUCCUUUGGAAUCACUGUCUACUACGUCAGCUGUCCCUAUUGGGGCGCCAAAGCCCUUCAAUGUGCGACUGGAAAGUAUAUGUCAAACCUUGUUCGAUACUCCGCGGCCCAAAUAUCCUUAGAUAUUGUCGGAGACCUUCUCAUCCUGGUGAUCCCUGUCGGCCUCAUCUGGAAGAUCCGGGUAGACUGGACCCAGAAACUAGCCCUGGGUAGCUCCCUCUGCCUAACCUUCGUCCUGGUCGCCCUCUCAAUAACACGAGUAGCCGGCCUGAAAUACCACAAAGAAGUCGAUCUCAUCUGGGAAACAUACUGGCAAUCGAUGAGCGCAGAGCUAGGUGUGUUUCUCGCAGCGGCGAGUGCAUUCCGGACAUUCUUCGUAUCACAAAAGCAGAAUAAGCCAUACAUCCCGACCUACAGUCAAAGGUUGAAGAGCUCUUCAAACAAGGUAUCAAUGGGAUCAGAACAGAGGAAAGCCGAUCUUCCAGAUACCUGGGCUGGAACAAGUCCUACCAUCGAUGGUUUCGAGCGUCUGGCCUCUGAUGGGAAGGAUACCAGUCAGCAAGAUGAUCCUGAGUGGCAUGCUAUGCUACCCACAGGUUCUCCACGGGGCCCUAGCCCUGUGGAAAAACUUCGUUAUCUGGAAAAGCCGAAGCCUGCUCAAUUACCAAAUUUCAUUUGA